AUGGGUGGUCGCGGUCAGCAGUUCGGCCGUGGCGGUCCUCGCCAGAUGGGUGGCUUCCCUCAGCAGCGCCCUCAGGCUCCUUCCGCCUCUCCCGCUCUUGAUGUCAACGCCCUCAACGCUGCUCCCCCUGCCCAGCAGAAGCAGAUGCUCGGUGAGGCUCUCUACCCCAAGAUCCACGAGCAGCAGCCCGAGCUUGCCGGCAAGAUCACCGGUAUGCUCCUCGAGAUGGACAACGCUGAGCUCCUUGACUUGACCACCGACGACGCCGCUCUCCGCAACAAGGUUGACGAGGCCAUGCGUGUCUACAACGACUACCUCAAGACCCAGGGUAGUGAGGAGGCCGCUCCCGCUCCCAACGGCUCUGAGAACGUUGCUCCUGCUGCCGAGGCCGCCACCGAGGAGAAGGCUUAA